GCUCCCUGAGAGUCGAUGGUAAUAGCCCGUGCACGGCAGCUUUUUUGGGGGCUAUUGGUGAACGGUGAUUGGCCCUAAAUUCUCCAAAGCCAUUCGAGCUAGCGCGCUAUAACUCAGCUGUAACCAGAGGCUCUCGAAUAGCGGUCAUUAAGGAAAAAAGGCCCGGACCAAACUUUUCUCAAAUCCCGCGCCGCCGUCUUGACUUGUCGCCGUCUUCCUCUCCCUCGCCCUCGAAAAGCCCGGGCAGCCAUGAAGGGGUCACGAUGUCUCUUCAACUCAGCAGCUGCUCUGCGCAGGGUCUUCGUCGGCAAUGCGCUCCCGUCUGAAGGGCCAUGGCAAAUGCACCGCCUAAUCUUGCCAUUGGCGUCGUCCUCCCGAGCGGCCGCGCCGUCUUCUCAACUACGAGGCUUCGUGUCCUCGGCCCCGUUAUCCGCCAAUCGCGGCGGCGCAAAAAAGCAGCUCAAGCUUCCAGCGGAUCGCUACCCUCGCGACAGGAACAUCGACAGCCCGUGGAUACAGCUGCGCGACGAGGAGACGGGCCGCCUCUUGGAGCCCGAGCGAACCCGCGACGUCCUAGCCCGUAUCGACUUGAAAAAUUACAGCCUGGUAACUCUCAUGAUGCCGAAGGUGGCAGGCGAGGAGGGAGAAGACGACACAGCAGCUGAAGGAGAUGACGCGGCGAGAAAGACGGGCAACCCCUACCCCGUCUGCCGCAUCAUCGACCGCAGGGCCGAGUACGCCGAAGCGCUGGCAAAGAACAAGGAAGAGCGCAAGCAGAACGUGUCCACCAAGGAGGUCGAGAUCAACUGGGCCAUCGACCCGCACGACCUCCAGACGCGGCUGCGCCAGGUCAAGGGGUUCCUCAACGACGGGUUCAAGGUCGAGAUCACGAUGCAGAGGAACCCUAAGAAGAGGAAGAAGGUGGCGUCGGCCGACGAGGCCAGGGAGACGUACCAGACUCUCAGGGCGGCCAUUGCCGAUGUGCCGGGCACGACCGACGUCAAGCCACCCGUGGGCACGGUCGGCACUAGACUCCAACUUGUCUUGCAGGGGCCGCCCAGGGAGAAAAGCGCCAAGGAGCCGAAGCAAAAGCCCGAGAAGCAGAGUGCGAUAAGGAGGCGCGAAAGAGCGAUGGCACAGAAUGCUGAGAAUGGCGGACAAACUGCCACGGCCUAGACACCAUAAGAUUAUGUAUGUAAUAUACCCGUAUAAAUUGAUGGUUUUGGGACUAGAAUGGGGAUGAGUUGACACGGAACGAAACAACCCCCUUUUUUAUGUGUGUCUGUUAUAUAGACUACUUUAACCUGGUCUUCAGACCCCGUGUUUAAAAUUUCUCAAUAAAAAUUCAUGUAGAUAUUUCUCGAUAGAAUGCUAUUCUUGGUUGUUUAUAUUGAAUACUUGACUGAAAAACAGUUUCCCGAGUCACAAUGCGCGUCGUCAAGCUUUUCAGAGCAGGGCAGCUUUCUUGAGCUUUCGAAACUACGACUUUCAAAGCCCAGGCACAG